AUGUCCAACCCAAAUGGGGUUCUUCUUCUUCUUCCUUUUCUUCUCUUCUUGGUUUCCACCUCCUUGUUUUCACCAAAAUGGGCUGCGUCCGGGUCGCCUACUGGGGAUCCCAACUUCAAGAGGCCCGAUCCUCUGCGCCACUUCCAUUACUACAAUGGAGCCUACGAUGUUAGGAACAAGCAUUACUGGGUUUCUGCGGCAUUUACAGGAGUCCAUGGCUAUGCAAUUGCGGGAGUUUGGUUGCUAUGUGGGCUGGGAUUUGCCAUCUUCGUCGCCAUAAAGAAGCCAAGCAGCAGCUCUUGGCCAUUUUUAAAGCAUCUGGAUCAUCAUUAUUUCCUAAUGUUCUUGCUGGUCCUGCUCUUCACCUUUCUUGCCGUAGUUGCAUCCAGCUUCGUCCUGGCAGCAAAUCAGAGCACCUUAUGGAGAACGGAGAAGAUGAAAAGAACCAUUCUCAAAAUGGGAGGAGAUGCCCGUCACACCAUCAAGCAAAUAAUAAAGGCAAUGACAGAAAUGCAAACAAUUUUACUUCCAUAUGAUCCAACCACGUCUCUGAGCUUGAACAUUACCACCCAUCGACUUGGGAAAGAAUCGCGUGUCAUCCUGGGUUUUGUUCACAAAAGUGGGCAUUCCAUUGACCAGGCAAUUCAUACUUCGUACAUAGCUCAUCUUGUGAUUGUAACUAUCAACUUGGUCAUGUUGGUUGCUGCACUAGUUCUGCUCUUGUUGCAUUGGCAUCCCGGAUUCAUAACAAUAAUCUUUUGCUGCUGGAUCUUAACAACUCUAUGCUGGGUUUUGACCGGCAUUGAUUUCUUCCUUCACACCUUCGCAGAAGAUACAUGUUCAGCUUUUUCAGAUUUUGAACAAAACCCACAUGAUAAUAGUCUGAGCUCGUUGCUGCCGUGCAUGGAUUCAUCAUCCUCAGGAAAGAUAAUGGUUGGAAUUGGCCACACUGUCCAUUCUUUUAUAGACGAGUUGAAUUCUAAAGUAACAGAGUAUUAUAGGUUUCUUGGACUAGAUGAACAAAGCGAGGAUUUAGUUGGGGUUAUAAAGAUUUGUGAACCUUUCUCGGGAGCACCUAACUACACCUACACGCCGGAAAGCUGCCCAAAAGAUGCUAUUGCAGUUGGCGACUUACCACAUGUUCUUGGUAGGUUCACCUGCUUCCAAUAUAACUCCAGCGAGGAAUGCCAAAGCAAUGGAAAGUUUCUUCCUGAGGCCUCUUACGACAUGGUCUCGGCUUAUAGCCGUUGUGUCCAAUAUUUGCUAGAUAUAUAUCCAGAUUUGAAGAGUUUGACAGAAUGCAACUUUGUCAAGGACAGAUUUUCUGAUGUUGUUUCGCAUCAAUGCAGGCCAUUUAGGGUUUCAAUACGAUUAUUAUGGUCAUCAAUGCUCUCUCUUUCCAUUGUCAUGGUGAUUUUGGUUUUAAUUUGGGUGGCAAAAGCAUAUCAAGACAGAGGAAGAUGCUUCUCUAUAUGUUCCAUCAAACCCCAAUCCUAG